AACGUAAGCCUACCGGCCCCUAAAAUGGCGGCGCCCGUGACCGCGCGUUGCAAGGUUCUUGCAGACGCUGAGCCCCCGGUUCUGCCAGGCGGGGCGGCGCCGUACGGAAAUUUCCCCAACUACUCUUGCUUCCAUCCGCCCGAAGGACGCGUCUCCCUCUUGCCUGCGACUCUUUUGAGCGAGCUGUUCCCAACCCCGCGUGCGGAUCCCCUGUUGGGCUUGGAUGUUGGAUGCAAUUCGGGGGAACUCAGUGUCGCCCUCUAUAAGCACCUCCUUGGCUUUAACCAUACUAACCCGGAGCAUUCUGUGAAUGGAAAGGACUUCCGCCUCCUCUGCUGUGACAUUGAUGCAAACCUGAUUGAGAGAGCCAAACAACACAGCCCUUUCCCUGGUUCCAUUUCCUACACCACUCUCGAUAUCAUGGACCCCAGUGCAAGAGAGACUCUGCUGACCUCCUACUUGAACAAGUUCGGUCGCUGUUGGUUUGACAUUUGCUUCUGCAUGUCAAUAACUAUGUGGAUCCAUCUGAAUCAUGGGGACAGUGGUCUGGUGAAAUUCUUAUCUUCCCUUGUGACUAAAUGUACAUAUUUACUUCUUGAACCCCAGCCAUGGAAAUGCUACCGUGCAGCUGCUCGGCGCCUGAGGAAGUUGGGCCGGAAUGACUUUGAUCAUUUCCAUUUGCUCACCAUCAAAGGGAACAUGGCUGAGAAGAUAACUCAGAUCUUGACAAGAGAUUGUGCCAUGGAGUUUGUGUGUUGCUUUGGAAGCACUAGCUGGGACAGGAGCCUCUUGCUGUUUAAAUCAAAAGAGAAAAAACAUUUGAGAUAAUUCAGGAUUUGUAUAUUCUUGUUGAAGGGGCGCGAUGGCUCAGUGAUGAUGACGACAUUGAUGGCGUGAUGGCUUGUUGAGGUGUUGUGAUGGUAACAUCAUUCCAUGCACUUUGGCGUAUAGCCAUACUGGCCAUAUGAUCAUGGAAAAUGUCUUUGGACAACACUGCGUCUCUCAGCCAAGAAAUAGAGAUGAGCACAGCCCCCUAGAUUUGGACACAACUGGACAGGAAAAUCUUUAACCUACAUUCUGGCAUUUAAUCAAAAGGAAAAUGGCAGGUUAUUGAGAGAACCAACUCUUUUGCCAUGCGAUUGAACUGUACGGAUAACAUGGGGUCUUGAAAAUCAUAUAUUUUAAUAUCAGAAAUUAUUUUCCAAAUUUACCGAUACACCUUGAUUUGGUGUAGUCCAUUGGUGAAAUGUAAAAUUUUGUUACUACCGGUUCUGUGGGCGUGGCUUGGGGAGGGUAAUGUGACUGGGUGGGCAUGGCCAACUUUUUUUUUUUUUUAGUUUUAAAAGCAUUUUUUCUACAACCUUAAGAGGUUGCAGAAAAAAAUGCUUUUAAAAGCCUCUGACAAUCAGGCAACUCAGCUGGGAUUGUCGGAGGCUUUUAAAGGCAUUUUUAUUUUCCACAACCCCUUCGGCCAAAGAGUUUGUAGAAAAAAUGCUUUUAAAAGCCUCUGAUGAUCCCAGCUGAGCCGCGCGAUCAUCAGAGGCUUUUUAUUUUACACUUUUAAAAGCAUUUUUUUGGCCGAAGAGGUUGUAGAAAAAAUGCUUUUAAAAGUAAAAAAAAAGCCUCUGAU